AUGGAGAAAUGGUCAACCUACCCGGAUGUUAUAACAUAUUUGAAGAACGAGUUGUUGGAUCCCCACAAAGAAAAGUUUGUUAGUGCAUGGGUAAACCGUUAUAGACAUUAUGACAAUCAAGUCACAAGCACGGUGGAGUCGGCUCACUAUCGGUUCAAGAGUAAGUUAAAUGGUUGUGAUGGUGGAUUUAUUGUUGUUUUUGAAGCUGUGGUUGAGUAUUUCAAGCGUGAUCUCGAUAGAAUUAAAGGGGAUUUUGAAAAGAUCCGAUUUAGACUGGUUACCGACUACCUGGAUAGCCCUUGGAUCCGGGGAACAAGUUUAUAUGUUUCUCAAUGGGAAAUCCUAAAAAUGAUAACGGAAGUGGAGGCUUUGGAGGAACACAAUUUUCCACCAGGAAUGAGAUGUAAUUGUCCCAUUAAGUCGGAUUUGGAGCUCCCAUGUAGGCAUGCGGUAGCAAAUUAUCCCACAAGGAUGAUUCCGAUUGAAGAUAUAGAUCCAUUUUGGAAACAACUAACAUUUAAAGAUCCAUCACCAAAUCAAGGUCUUGGGGAAGUGUUUUGCGAUACAAAGGUACACAAGGAACUUUUUGAGAAGUAUGCUUCUUUACUACCAGCGCAAAGACAACUUUGGUUGUAUGAAUUGCGGAAAUUCAACUGUCCAUUCACUAGAGAAGAUACUUUAGAACCUAAGAAGGGGCAGGGAAAGGGUAGGCCUUCAACCAAAAUAACAAAUAAACAGGAAAGGGAAGAAGCUAAGAGAAAGGUUCAAGAAGGUCCACAAUUGACUCCUUCAAUGCGAAGAGAUCUUUCGGGUUUUGAGAAGUUGAACGAAUUGUACAAACUUAAACGAAAGGAAAUGGAAAAAGGCGGACCAAGCUGA